GUCCUUUUGCCGCCAAGAAAACAAGAGGAGGAGGACAACACAACGAUGGAAAUGCCGCCACAGCCACAGCCGCAGCCACAGCCGCGACGACAGCGGCACAUCUGCUGGGAGGAUUACUUCAUGGCAGUGGCCUUCCUUUCAGCCCAGCGAAGCAAGGACCCAGAGUCCCAGUUUGGUGCUUGCAUCGUCAAUUCAGAGAACAAGAUCGUCGGCAUUGGGUACAAUGGGAUGCCACGCGGAUGUAGCGAUGACAAGCUGCCAUGGCGCAGCCAAGGAGACUCGGUCCUUGACACAAAGUACCCCUUUGUCUGUCAGGCAGAGAUGAACGCCAUUCUCAACCGCAACUCGUCCAGCAUUCGCGGCUGUCGCAUAUAUGUGAUGCAGUUUCCCGACAACGAGUCUGCCAAGCUCAUCAUCCAAGCCGGCAUCAAGGAGGUUGUCUACGUCGCAGAUGAGAUGCACAAUGCAACACCGUACAUGGCCAGCCGCCGCUUGUUCAAGCUUGCACGCGUCAAGUGCAGGCGGUUUGAGCCGACGGAAACGGAGAUUGAGAUUGACUUUGAGGCCGUUCAACGCAAUGUGAUGAAGCCGAGGAAAGCGUGAUGGCAGCAGGCACCGUAUGCGAAGGCUGAUGGAAACACGUGCCAGUGUGUGUGUGUGUGUGUGUGUGUGU